CCACAACCACUGAUAUACCCUCUGCUCAAUGUGCUGCAACAUCAAGUACAGCAGUCAACAGCCCUCGAACAACCACAGACGCAUCCUCUGCCCAGUCUGCUGGAGCAUCUACUAAUGUCUCGGAUCGUGAUUGUGCGGUUUGUCUGGAGACAAUGGUUCAGCCAACUGAGUUACCGUGUAAACAUGUCUUCUGUUUCUUGUGCGUGAAAGGAAUCGCCCAAAAAACCAGAUGCUGUGCGCUCUGCAGGAGAGAAAUUCCUUUAAAUUAUUUUGAUAGUCCUCAUCUCUUAAGUGACCCUGAUUCUGAGAAAGUGAAGGGAAAAACAUGCUCUGAUGAUGAGGAUAGACCACUCUGGUAUUACAAAGGGAGAAGUG